UUAAAACCUUAGAGAAGGGUAAAAAUCCAACACCAAGACAAGAAGUCCCCACAAAUAUAUAAAUACGAAGCCCAUGAUCUCCCCUUCCUUCAUCUCUCCAUUACUCACACUAGCUGUUGUCCUUGCCGUUACAAUCACCCCUCAAAUUUCUGCCUCUGGAGGAUUCUGUCAGGAGAAAAUGGCCACUCUCGGCGGCGUUCACGACUCUCAAAGCUCCCAAAAUAGCGCCGAGAUCGACAGCCUCGCUCGCUUCGCUGUCGAUGAACACAACAAGAAAGAGAAUGCGAUAUUGGAGUUUGCGAGGGUAGUGAAGGCGAAAGAGCAAGUGGUUGCGGGGACAAUGCAUCAUCUUACGAUUGAAGCGGUUGAAGCGGGGAAGAAGAAGCUUUAUGAGGCCAAAGUCUGGGUUAAGCCGUGGCUUAACUUCAAGGAGUUGCACGAGUUCAAGGAUGCCGGUGAUGUUCCUGUGUUUACCUCCUCUGAUCUCGGUGUCAAGAGAGAUGGUCAUGCUCCUGGAUGGCGAGCAGUGCCAGUGCAUGAUCCUUCAGUCCAAGAUGCAGCAGUUCAUGCUUUGAAGUCCAUCCAGCAGAGGUCCAACUCUCUGUUCCCUUAUGAACUUCAAGAGGUCGUUCAUGCAAAUGCUGAGGUGGUAGAUGAUUCUGCAAAAUUUGAUAUGCUUCUCAAGGUGAAGAGGGGAAGCACUGAAGAGAAAUUCAAGGUAUUGGUGCACAAGAACAAUGAGGGCAACUACCAUCUCAAUCAGAUGGAGCCACAUGCCUGACUUCACAACUUCCUGUUUGACGUGCUAAAAUGGCAAUAAACUAGAAAUAUCUGGUAGUUUACAGUGUAAUCGUUGUUGUGUUGUGAAUGGCUGAAAGCACUGAAUGCUGAUGCUAAUCAGUGUUAUGAGAAGAACAUGCAUGGAAUUUUAAAACAUUGUCUCUGGACGUGUAGGUUCUCUAUUAUCAGGAAAAUAUAUGAAAAUUGACAGAUCUA